CACAAGGUCCCUUCAGCCACUCCGAUAUAGAACCAACCAUAUCGGUAAUAUGGUGCAUGGAUAAAACGAAAUAACCUCAAACGAAUGGAGAAUGGAUAAAACAUUUAGGUGCUGUUAGGGCGGAAGUUCCCUCUUGCCCUCUCGUUAUGUCACUUCCUGGUCCUGAUCAGAAGAAAAAAAAUAUACACACCUGUUUUGUCCUUUGCUAUGCAUGCUUCCAUCUACUUCAUAUCUCAAGGCAAAGUAGUAUGUGCAGGCUAUAAUCGAUGGAUGACUUAUCCAUGAAGACCGGUCCGUACCAUGACUCUGCCAGCAGAGAUAUGAGCUUACCUGCAUCUCGUGGAGCCCAUGUGCUUGUGGGAGUCACAGGCAGUGUGGCAGCCCUGAAGUUGCCGCUUCUAGUGUCUGGCCUUCUACAGAUACCUGGAGUGCAGGUGCAAGUUGUAAGCACAGAAAGAGCAAAACACUUCUACAACGUGCAGGAUAUCUCUGUGCCAGUGUAUAGUGAUGAGGAUGAAUGGAAGAUGUGGAACCAGCGCUCUGACCCUGUGCUACACAUUGAACUACGCCGCUGGGCAGAUCUCAUGCUCCUUGCUCCUCUUGAUGCCAACACUUUGGGGAAAAUUUCCAGCGGAAUUUGUGACAACCUCCUGGACUUGGUGCCAUGGCUGAGGUCAGCACAAUCCUGGACAGGGUCAGGGAAGUCCUUUCCAAACAACAGCUGCUGGGAUGACGUCCUUGAUGUGCAGCGCAACAUCACUGUGCAGCUAUUGUUAUAUUUCAUAUUACAUUCUUGCAGACUAAAAAAGGGUUAAUGAAUGAUUUCAUACAUAAUUAAUGGCAUUAAUUAUAUAGUCCUAAAAUAAACAAUGAGCAAGUUAAAGUACUAUGUUGUUUUAGAGCCUGAGGGAAGCCUUGUGGCUGAGACUGUUAGGCUGUGCUAAACGCUCACAGAAGAGCACCUUUCACGUGUUGCAUAAGGCUGGAUUAUACAGUGUAAGGUUUAGUUUUUGGGUGGAAUUUGAGAAGCCAACUUGCUUACUUAACUUACAUGUUGUGUUGGCCAUAUCCACUGGGGUCCCUAAUGAGUUUAACAGCACUGUGUUGUCUUUCAGUCCCUUCUUUCCAUUCAGGAGGAUCAGGACUGUGUGAAAAAAGGUGCAAUGUGCAAUUAAGGAAGUAUGAUUAAUAAUUCUGUGGAUUUGUUCUGUUUUCUCUGAACUACAACAUUACAGAUAUUUUUUUAAAGC